AACUGUGGCAAUGACAUGUGUAGUAUAGGGGUAUUAAGCUGUGGAAGCUGUCAGAAAACUUAAAAACGCAAAAAUCCAGGAUGCGAAUCAUAAAUUGCCGCAUUUGCUCUAAAACGGAAGCACCAAUUAACGUAUUUGACCCGGCAAAUGGUCACCUGGUUCGUCAAAUUCAUUCAAUUACAGGAGUCGAGCUAAUUUGCAAAAAAGAAAUAUCCAGCCACUUGUGUAUGGUUUGCUUGGGCGAUCUGGAGACAGCCAUUAAAUUUCGCCAGCGCUGCAUCAUUUCCGAGAAACAGAAUCUGGAGAGGACUGAGUCCACCAGAAAAGAUGACCCAAAAAAAGAACCCACCAGGCAUGAAGACAUUGAUGAUAACCAAAUCGAGCUUGCAUUAGAUGAAUCCAUUUUGAUUCCCGAAAUCAAAGAGCUUCCACAGACUGCUGGACAAAUCAAAGCACCAAUGAGCUCGAAGCACCCAACUCGAAAUCGUAGAACUGGUCCAUAUACCUGCGAAGAGUGCGGAAAAAUCAUUAACAACAAGACGAACUUUCAAGAGCACAAACUUAGGCACACAGGCAUCAAGGAUUUUCAUUGUCCUUUUGGGGAUUGCGGAAGGAGCUUUGCCACUCGGAAGGAGCUGACUCGCCACAACCGUAUCCAUACGGGCGAAAAGCCCUACGUCUGCCUGUACUGUCCACGUCGGUUCUCCGACACGAGUGCUCGCCAGGAGCACCACCGGCGCCAUCGGAACGAGCGACGCUUUGAGUGCGACAUCUGCGAAUUGACUUUUGUAAGCUCCGGAUGUCUGGGCAAGCACAAGAUGACCCAUGCCGCCGAACGGAAGCACUAUUGCUACGUUUGUCAGAAGCACUUCCAGCGGAUCUCCCAACUGAUGCUUCACUUCUCCAGCACCGUUCACAAGGAAAAAGCCCAGAGUCUAUUAUAAUAGCGUAGCUAGUCAUUAUUUUGUAGCCCCCUUUAUACUACCUAUUCGUAAGAACCUAUAUGAGUUUAAAACCUAAUCUUAACAAAAAUAUUCCGAGUCUUUUGAGAAGAUAAAACUUCAAGUAUACACAUACUUAAUCCAGUGCCAUUAUUAAUCCAUUGUUGUAUGGCAUUUAUUGAUGUUAAAAACAGUCGAUUUUUUGUCAAACUUUAGCUUCCAACAAAAGUAAAAACUGCAUAAAGAAAUAUAUUUUCGAACACAACUGAA